AUGUCGACUUCAAACUUCUACUACGGCGCUCCCCACCACGCUGCCCACCUCAACGCGCACCAGCAGCACAACCACCCCGGCGGUCGCCCCCGGAGGGCGCCCCGCUCCGCUGCUGCCCACAACCACAAGCAGUUCCGGGCUGUGCGCACCCCCAAGGAGGUCGUCGAGGCUCCCAACGUCGUCGCUUUCCGUCGCGAUUUCGAGGCUGCCCGGUCCUUUGACAUCGAGGACGACGAGAUGUUCUGCCCUUUCCACCUGCUGACCGAGGACGACCUGCAAUCCAUCCACUCUUCUGGCUCCGACCGUUCAUCCCUGUCGUCGGGAUCUCCGGACUCGUCUCCUCUUCAGCACCAGCUGCAGCCGACGCCUAGCUUUGUCCUCUCGUCGGCGACAAACUCUUACACCCCGACCGGCUUCAACACCUCCCAGACGAAGCUCCACCAGCCUCUGGCCCAGCGCACGCGCAACGCGAUCCCCAUCGUCGACCCCAGCACCCGCAGUGUCGCGAGCCCGCCGCCUUCCGUCUCCCCUGCGAGGCAGAUGCAGCACCAGUUCAUCCCUCGCCGGUGGUAA